AUGGCGGACCAGGAGGAGUUGGACCGCCUGGAGCAACUCAGACUGUAUGAUCCGAAUGCUGGCCAGGGCCUCGCGGGCGAUCAAUCGUCUCACGAAGAGGCGUAUCUCCAAAAUGACCCAGCGGAUGGCCAGUACCCUGCAGAACCAGAUUCCUUGCAUGAACACCAUACCUACGGCACGCCGCCGGCCUACAACUUCGGAGACGCGGAAAACUGGGUCGAGCAGAAUGUUUCUGGCCUCGAUCGCGUCGCCGAAAGCCAGAGCCUGAACGACUCUCCUGCGCCUUUCCCAGGCUUCCCGUCUCAACAGCAUAGUUCGGGAGCAGGUCAGAGCUACGGUUCGUCGAACACCAACCAGACAGAAUCCGCUCAAGGUAUGGCGCCCGAGGCUGAUAUGGACGCGGGCUUUGACUGGGACAACAUCACACAACUCAGCCAGUCUAGCCUCUACGGGGGCUUGGCUCCGAUGGCUCAAAUGAGAUACGAAUCCAACCCGUUUCCUCCAGAGCAACAAUCCUCCGGCAGCUAUCAACCCCAACCUGCAGAAAACGCCUUCUUCGCUCAAGACCCGAGCAAUAUCUCGCACUCGAACCAACUGAUACUGGACCCUGCGCUCGGUGGUGAGAACCCCUCUCAGAAUGACGAGGCUGGUUCAUCUGGGAUUGUGACUCCAAUUGCCCAAAGGGGUGGUGGAAACAACAUGUUCUCUACACAGCAGCAACCUUUCGGCAGCCAUCAACAUCAGCGCCCGCUCAUUUUCUACUCAUUGUCUCAACGCUUUGGUGGCAAUCCAGUCUCUAAUCCAGAGCUUCAGAAUUCUCCUCAGAACCCUCCUCAGAAUGUCCGGAUCAUUGAUCCUCAUGGCAAUACAGGAUUCGGUAACCCGCAGCAUUAUGACCAGCAUCACCCAGGUCCAGUACCGCACCUUGGCUACGCGCAGAUGCCAGGCGACCCCCCAGCUGCACAGAACAAUCAUUUUCCUGGCCAACCCAUCGGCGAGAGAGCUGUCAAGUCUCCUCCUGCCGCCGUACCCCAUCAGCUUCAGAAUCCCCAGCCAGCUCGCUCGGCUCCUCGUGCCAAAGCUCGAGCGCGUCGCAGACGCCAAGAGGCACCCAGCGCCGAGCAAGCCGGCUCACCGCCUCGACCCCAGAAUGAUCAAGACCUGUUCGUCGUUCAUUAUCAAACUGACCAUGACCGCACGAUCGCCAACCAUCUCAGCCGAGUAGCUGACGUUCAGAGCCUGCUCGGAGCCCAUGCCCAGCCCGGAAAAGACAUCAACAUGCUGGCAAUUUUCUCAACGCCCGAAAAGCUCCUGGAUGUUAUCAUCGAUGCUUUCGUGAUGGAGAACAUUCAGAUGCCAACUCAAGGCUCAGUGCCGUCACAGUUUGUUCUCCAUGCAAACCGCCGCGAGGGUGCUAUCCUGGAUGAGCGAGCUGUUCACAAGCCGCGGGAUGCCUUUCCGAUUAUAUAUCACAACGCAAGAAAGCUUGGGUUUGCACAGGUCGUCGAGCAGGGCGGCGUCUCUUUCAGGAUUGCAACGAUGUGCUCUGGCACAGACGGUCCAAUCUUGGCUCUGCGCGAAUUGGCCGAAGCGGCCACUGGCGAUGGGCACCCGGGUGCUCUUAAGUACGACCAUGUCUUCAGUGUCGAGAUCGAUCCCGUGAAGCAGGGAUGGAUUGCAAGAAAUGUUCACCCCUCCGGACAUAUCUUUCGAAACGUCGCCGAUCUCGGAAAGCCUGGCGCAUAUGAAGCUAUGUCGAUAACCGGUGCCAUGGAAAAGAUCCCGAAGGAAGUCGACAUCCUGAUCGCCGGCAGUUCCUGCGUAGACUUUUCAAGUCUUAACAUUCGGCGUGAGGACAGGAAGAAGGCAUCUGGUCUCCAGAAGCUCUUCGACCAAUUCCAGAAAAGAGGCGUCAGCGAUGUUCUCAGACAAGACGAUCCUAUCGCUGAAGAAGUUGUCGAGGGCCUCGAGGCGCUAUUUGACAAGAUUGAAGAGGAAAAAGGAGAGUCGACUAAGACGUUCCUGUCGAUCCUGCUCUACGCCCUCCAGCACCGUCCCAAGAUUCUUAUUCUAGAGAACGUCACCAAGGCCCCUUGGGACCAGUUCAAGGGGUUCUGGCUUCCCGCCAUCGGAUACAGUGCCGCCGUGGCCCAAGUGGACUCCAAGAGUUUCCUCGUGCCGCAAACGAGACAGCGAAAGUACCUGAUGGCCGUCGACGCCAGACGAUACGGACAGAACGCCUCGGAUAUUGUCGAGUCAUGGGCCGAGCUCAUGAAACCGUCGCAUUGGUUCAAGAACCCGCCGGACCUGGAAGGGUUCCUGCUCCCGCCGUCCGAUAAGCGCACGCUGAACAGCAGGUUCCAGCUGGAGAGGACUAUGCUUUCCAAGCCCAAGAAGGACGUCGAAGCCGUCGUGUGCCAGAACGAUCACCGCCUUGCGCGGCGGAAGGAGGGGCUCGGCAACGGCCAGCCUUACACGCGACUCGACGAUCGUGGUAACGUACAGCCUCGCGAAGAGUCGUGGGGUAACUUCAUUCGCUCGACUACGGGACGGAUGCAGGACCUCCUGGACAUCAGUUCUCUGAGGGCCUCCGAGAAGAAUUUCGACUUUACCUACAAGCUAGUCAUACUCGACCUGGGACAGAACGUGGACCGUCAGAGCAUCAAAAUCGGUACCAUCCCUUGCAUCAUCCCAACCAACGAAUCCUUCUCGACGUACCACGGUCGUCCCAUCUUGGGGAUCGAGUGCCUUGCCCUUCAAGGCAUCCCGAUCGAUCGGGUGUCCAUCUCGGUGGAGAAGGAGGCCCAGCUGAAGGACCUGGCCGGCAAUGCGAUGACGACGACGGUGGCGGGGGCGGCAAUCCUGUGCGCCAUCGCCUGCGAGAGGAAGUACGUCCUCGAGGCCCUCGAGUCGUCGUCGGUGUACAUUGCCGGCCUCCCCACGGCAGCCCCAAUCGCUGGCCCUGCCUCCUUCCUUUUCGGCCUGCGUCACGUGGCCGAGGAGGCGGGCGGCACUGUGGCCACUGUGGGCUCAGCGGGUUCUGCGGGCUCUGCGCACCUUCUUCCUCCUGCCACCUCAUCUUUCGUCUCGCCUCCCGUCGACAAUCCCAUCGAUAAUCCCGUCAACGAGGCAAAGAUGAGUUGGCAGGACGUCGAGCCCGAGGCCAUCCCGGGCGCGCAGGCCGUGGGAUCUUUCACGGACCUUUAUCGCAAGGGUCGUCGCAACUGUCUCUGCGACGACUUUCGCAAGCACCAGCACACCGGAACCCACUGGCGCUGCGACGAUUGCGACGAGGUCCGCUGCGAGUCCUGCGCCGGCAACCCCGAUCACAACUUUGACAAGGAUCGCCCCGUCGACGUCACCUGCGCAAUCGACAAGAGCGCCGCUUACGAGCUUGCGGCUGCCGCCCUCCCAGGUCAUCUGGUUGUUGAUUGGUUUGAUCCCAACAUCGAUGUCCUCGACGGCCUUAGCGACGAAAUCUUCGGUCGGCACCGCGCUGCUCUGCAAGUUGCCAUCAGAGCCUGUUGCAGCUCCAAGAACUACUACCAGACCAGCCUCAAGUUCAGAGACGAUCUCACCGUGACUUACGAGUCCGAGUUUUCCUACAUCACCGUGGUUGUCACCGAGAAGGGCCUCACUUGGAACGUUCACCUGAGACAAACCUACCUCGACAUUGGCCAUCUCUCCAUGGACCCCAACGAGGCGACCAAGAACGCAGCUCUCCUGCUCAACUCGCUGGGAUACGACGUCAGCAAGCCUCUCCUGAGGGCCGUCAUUUCGGACCCCGACGUCAGUUUUCUGCCUACGAUGAACAACUAGGAGUUGUAC